AAAAGAGAACACUAGCGUGAGCUAGUGUAACCGGGAACGGGGGAUAGACCCAGAUAAUUACCUAGUUAUUUCAAGGCGACAGCCGCGAUGCAAUUUCCGACCAAGUGAGUUUCGCGUCAAGGUAACGCGAAGUUAAGGGUGGAUAAAAUUAUUUGCAGAAGAGUGAUCAUUUCCGUUUUCGAAUCCGACGUCACUACAUACUCCGAAAGUCCGUGUGUUUUGUGUUUCAUUUGUGGCCACGAUGAUUAUCGCUAAUUUAACGUUGAACUUUUUGAAAUUGAAAUUAGGUUUCUUCACAUCUUAAAGACACUGCAGAAGCAUACCGACUUCAAGAGCAACAACAACGACGCAUUGCCAGACGCAAAAAUAAGAACCAACCCAAAAAAAAAGAAACAAAAAGGAUAACAACACUACCGGGGGGAACAAAAGAAGAAGUGAUAGUGGAAAACAAAAAGAACGAGCUAAUUUUAACUCACAAUUGGACUGCAACUAGGGAGGAGACUGAGAGAGAGAACAAGAUGGUCGUUAAUGACCUGAAACUUUUCAUCAACAGUAAUCAGGGAAUCUCCAUACCAGUGAACCUCCUCAAACUGCGCGGGACUAAAUUUCAUCACAAUCGCGUGAUCAAGGGACAGCAGCUGCACAAUAAAUUCAGAUUGGUUCUCGAUGGGGAAUGCUGCUUAGAUCGUUUGUACGGUGGAUAUUUCUCAGAUUGGUCUUGUGGCGGACAAUGGAAUCGCACGCUGCAAUUUCUAGCCGUUCUCAUACAGGCGACGGAAAUGUCGAACUUAGAAUUGGCUGUAUUCUUUAACGGAUGUUUGGAGCUGCCUCGGCGAGCGGACUGGGUGCAAAACCAGCUGCAAGUGCGAGCUAAAGUCAACAAUGUUUUGAAACACAUAAUAACCAAAGGAACUCCACCGCCGAAAAUAUGGUGGACCCCGCCUGUGUGCUUGAGAACUAGCUUACGCAUGGCUCUCAGGCAUCUGAACGUCACAGUCCUUUGCAGCAUGGACGACCACCACCAGGAAGUGAUUGCCUAUUGCCGUGAAAAUAAUUACAAUGGACUCAUAGCCGACGACGCCGAGUAUGCUGCAUUCGAUCCUCCGCGAUAUUUCUCGUCCGAACAACUGAAGCUCACGUACAAGGGCUCCCUCGAUACGAAAGAAUACAUGCUUUCCGAACUCACUAAGGCUCUCAACAUACCAUCCGACAGGCUUUGCAUUCUUGCGGCAUUGCUCGGAAAUUACAUACUGACCGAAAAUGACUUGGCUGAUUUCUACAAGAAGCUCAACAUUUGCUGCACCAAUAUCAAUAAGACCAGCGUCGAGCAGACGAUCAGGACGAUUGCGAAUUUCGUUAGAGAACUACCGUCCGUGGAGCUGGAUAUAGUCUCGCAAAAGGUUUUCACCUCCACUUCCGAUCCGAGAUGCUCCAAAUUGCGACAGUCUAUACAAUAUUAUUUGAACGGGACGAAGGAGGGAUUUCUGCAUUACAAGCCCGUGAAGCCAACGAAAGUCCAUAAGGUAGAUCCCAAGCCGAGCGUGCAGGCUCAAUCGAAUCAGUCGACUGACGCGCCGUCGGUCUCGGAAGGCGACUCCAGCUUGGAGACGUCGAGGUUCGCGUCCGAAACCUUGGAGAGCGAACGCGAGAGCUUGAACGCGUACAAGCAGGCGACAGCUAACGCCAAAUCGGCGCCGCAAAUCGUGAUCGAUCCGCCGGGUAUUCAGAGCCACGGGGAUGCCGACACCAUACGUACGGAGGAAGAGCAAAGCAACGGACACGCGAUCAACGGCACUCACAAUCUCCUGAUCAGCUCGUCGAGUUCAAGCAGCAGCUCCUCUGCCACGUCACCAUCUCACGCGACUGCCGACUCCACUAAACAGUCGGAGAAGACUACGAACAUCCCCACGACCGUACCAGAGGUGAUGCGCACUGCCUCGGAGCGUCAUCAGAAAGGGCUGAUGUCGCCGCACAUUUAUCAAAUUCUCACCGCCGGCGAAAUCAAGUUGCCGGUUCUUCUGGAAGAUGAGAAUCACCGUGAGUUCCCCUCCAUUCAUCUGAUCUACAGACCAAUCCGGCAGAUGGUAUACGCGAUUCUGUUCAAUCUUCAUCAUCGAAUGUAUCUGGCUACGAAGAGCAAAGAGAAGGGUGAUAGCGAAAAGGUGGAAGUGCCGGACGUCAUAAUCAAGGAAUGGGUAUGGUCCAAGUCCAAUCCAUAUCAAACUCCCGAAUUAGUGAAAGCGGAGCAGAUCGGCUGGGGUGUCCCUACGAUUCAACGUUUAUGGUUUGGCACAGUCAUAGACGACAAACGACGCAGGCUCAGAGGAUUCCUGACCUGCAUGAGAUCCGACACGCCUCUCAUGCUGAAUACCUCGUAUGUGCCGCAACAUCUGUUGGUAAUGGCGUGCGUUUUAAGAUACAUCAUGUCCUUCUCUGAUAAAAUAAAAAUCUUACGGCGUCAAGAACUGGACGCCUUCAUUGCACAGGCUUUCUCACCGGAACUUAUGAACGCUCAGUAUUUACAGGAUUUGCAGCUUCCAUUGGUAACGUCACGCGGUGUACAGUUGGCUACUUUAUUCAUGGCUGGGGUGGAAACCGCAUUGCUGGCCAAUGACGCGUGCGGCGCACCAAUCCCUUGGUUGAUGUGCUGCCCGUGGCUUUAUUUCGACGGCAAACUGUUUCAUCACACACUCGCUCGCGCUACUAUCGCCAAAAAUUUGUUGGAACUCUGCAGUGGCCACAUAGAUCGUGUAGUGAAGGUCGAGAGGAUGCGGAAAGCAAUACUCGAAGGGGUUACCGUUGUUUUCGCACGUCCGCCUCUACCAGUCGCUCCAGGUAUUCGUGUGUCUGUUCCUUCAAAUAUCCUGCCCGCCGGAUGUGCCAUCAACGACGGGCUGAUGCGUGGCCGUGGUGGUGGUGCGAUGCCACAGCGUGGCUUAAUGCGACGUCCGAUUCCGUCUCGCGGUGGUCAAUUGGAGAUUGCUGGUGUAGUCGUGGGCCAAUGGGGUCCGAAUUACGGACAACCCGGCCGUUUGCCGCAACCUCUUCAAGGACACCCCCGCGGACGUAUUCCACCCCAGGUAACUUCUAUCGGUGGGCUUAAAUACAGUCUUCCACGUGGCUUCAAUCCGAUGGGUCGGCCGACGUUUCACACACGCGGAAACAGCCGUGCUCCGAUUGCCGGGCGUGGUAAAAAAACGCAGAUGAAGACGACUGGCAAGAAGAAGACCACCAUCAAGAAAACCAAGGAAAUCGAGAAAAAAGACGGCAAAGGUCGCGGUAUCACUAUCGACGGGAUUACCGAUUAUAACGAGACAAUUCCGAAUAUGAACUCGGCGAAGGAAGCGCUACCGGUGCCGGGUCAGUUCGAUGACGCUACGGAGAACGGGAAGAGCACGGAGAAGGGCCAGGGCGACGCACCGCUCGUCACCCCGGUCGCCACGGAAAAUUAAAUACCUUUAUCUAUGAAGACGGAGAAACUCUCCGAUGACUAACCACUCCCGGAUGUGACUUAAGACUGUAAAACAAAUCUACUUAUAUGUUCUGAGCGAUUGCGCACUGGUAACAUUCGAGAAUAUCCGUCGUCGGGAUGAUUGUUACGUCGAGAGAGAAAAUUCGGUGACGCGUUGCUGAGAGGUUUUUACUGUUUUAAAGUGAGGGCAAAGGAUAAAACGUUAUUUCCCCCCUCAUUGCCGUUCUUCAGAUAAUAUCUUACUUAAUCGGCGCAAUUUGGAGAAGUCGUGCAUUAAGAAAAAAUGCUGAAUAUUCGGAAGCAACAAUAUCAGGAUUUACGAGUAUUUGAGACUUUUUUUUCCCCCCUUUUUUUUCUUUUUUGUCGGGAUUGAACAUGGAAGGAAAAAUUGGAAAGAAAAAGACGCCGAUAAGAUGUAAAUAAUACGUUGUUUCGAGCACAGCAUGUAUGUGUAGAUAUAUAUGUCGUGUAAAAUUGCCAUUAUCUUUUGAACGUCGAUGCGUCUUAUUUUGAAGGCAACGCGUUAUAAUUAUUAAAUGUUACGUGCGCAAUAACUCGAUAUGUCUAAAGCUCUGAUGGGGCCAAAAUGUUGAACUAAUAAUAGGAGACAAGAAAAAUCUUUACAUACGCUGUCCAUGUCACGAGGUUAUUUUAAUGCACGUGGCACGUGGUACAAAGAUUUUACCCGUUCUUGACAUGUCCUCACUGCCAAACGUACCACUCUGUAUAAGAUAGGAAGACAGACGAAACGAAGAGACAAAUCGUGCUUAUGCUAAACGAGCUAAUUUCGCUCGCAUUACCAUGGAAUGGAACUCGACUGAUUAGUGUAUGCGUGCGCUAAUUUUACUACUCAGAACAAGUCGUCAGCUGCUAAAAGUAUUUAAUUCUUAAGAAGUGUGAUUAUUUUUUUUACACGAAAAUAUAUAUUUUCCGGUAUUAUAUGAAAUGCUCGCUGCGACGGUCUCAGUGGUCCGGUCUGAAUCGUGAAGAAAGUAGCCUGAGUACACACGUAUAGGACACACGUACACAUAUACACUAACACAACAUACAUACACAUAGACAUUCACAUACGUGCACACAAGCCGCAUUACGAUAGCGCUUAUUGAUUUUUGUAGAUAAAGAAGGAGCCAGAUGGAGCACUGAGGCAGUCACUAGCACAUGGAGACUGAUGCUUUUCAUAUAGGUAAAAUAUAUAUUUAUAUAUACAUAUGAUUUAGAUAUUAGAGUUCCCAUAUAGUAUAUUAUACGUAAGUUGUGCCUGCGUGUUGCGCGUGAGUGAGUACUUAUGGGUACGCGAGAGAAUUUGUGAAUAUCGUAGCGUGUGUGCGUGUUACAUCGAGCGAGAGAAAGAGAGAGAGAGAGAGAGAGAGGG